UGAGCUGCAAUUUCGGAGAAAGGAUGGACAUGUUAGCGGUCGGUGUUUAGGCGCUGUCGAUUUAGUUUUUACGAGAAAAUAUACCAUAAAACAAUGUAUCAAACAAUGAAACGAACGAUCUUUAUCAAUGUACAUGUCAAGUUAAUCGACUCUUUUAAUUAUUUCAACGCUCUUAGAGGCAAGGGCGGAAGUUUCCAUAGAUACCUAUGGAUAGCACACACCAUCGUACUUGAAGCGUAAACAACCAAGCCACAAAACCACGGGAUUGGCAAGUGAUUUCGUACGACAGUUCGUGGUAAGGGAGGAAGUGACAUGACGGAGGCUAAUGUGAAGGUUAAUGGAGCAAGAUGAAGAGCGAUUUUAUCAUACUUUACGAUCAUAUGAGACUGACGAAGAUUGAGGUUCAAUAGAAAGACGCAUCAUUGUGCUCAAUGUCGACAACAGCUGCAAAUCGACGUGAACAACGAUUGAUCAAUGUUAUUGUAUUAACAUGGAUCUAAACAAUAUUUGGUGUUGUUGGAGCAGUUCGUCGCGAUGAAGACAUCGACAUUCGGAAGAUUUGACCCAGUCAACUUUGUAUCUCUAUUGCUGUGGUCUUUGAUCGAAGUUUCAUCGUCUAGCAAUGCUACACAAGCUCCUCAUCUAAUAAUUCAACCAGCACAGCCAGACAAUACCUACUUUUCCUUGACGGGAUCAACCUUCUUGUUGAACUGUACCAUUAAAAGGGAAAAUGUACAUGUGUUUGAUUUAUCAUGGUGGCACAAUGGAGAACAACUAUCCAGAAGUAAAACAAGACAAAUUGACAAUGCCACACUGCAGCUGCAGUUAUUGAAUGCAAAAACUACUGAUAAUGGAAUUUACUGGUGUACUCAAAUUUCUGACACGAAAUCUGGAGGAAUAAAUAUUUCACUUUCUGUGGCAGACCCACCAAGUCCACCACGUAAUUUAAAAUGGAGUGCUAUUGGUGCUAUGGAGAGGGAAGUUCAUUUGUAUUGGGAAGCUUCUAGCUAUACUGGUGGCUUACCAAUUGACUAUUCUAUCAAGCUUUGUUUAAAUGACUCAGUAAUGAAACCAACACUGCCAUCAGUACCUACCUGCAAAUGGAUUGAUAAAUGUCAUUAUUUAAAUUCUCCCAAAAAUGAGAGACAUUUAUCAUGCAUACUGAAGGGAACUGAUGAUUUUAUUCCUGGUUGUGGAACCGAAUGUAGUUACUCCAUCUAUGUUGUUGCUACAAAUGCUGUAGGAAGUACAACCAGUGCGAUUUUCCUACCAAUUGUCCACUUAUAUCAAGCUACACCUCGGCCACCAGAAGAACUCACAGUGAAACAACUUUCAAACAGGAAUCAGGAAUUGAAAGUUUCUUGGGCAGAAAAAAGGGAUUGGCGGUACAUUGUUAUUGAGUAUACGGUACUCUACCACACAUGGGGAGACAAACACAAUAAGACUGCUGUUGUCAAAAAUAAACAGUUCACUAUACUAAUAGGAUUGAAAGCAUUUACAUAUUACUAUGUGUACUUGAAAGUCAGAUUUUUAAACGAUGACUAUGCCAACUCUGCGUACAGUGACACCGUAGGGCCACGUAUUAUCAGGACAUCACCAGGAGUUCCAGUCAAUCCGCCUGUAGUGGUAAGGGAUCGUUCAGACAUCUUCCCUGGUAAUUCAGGCCUCAGAAAUGUAACUGUAGAAUGGAAGUUGGCAGACAUUUCUUCAUGGCGUGGUACUCCCAGUAAAUACAUGGUUUUUUGUAAGCCCCACAACGUUGGCAAGGGACAAGCUCAAACUUUGGAGUACAGCAUAGAUGCCACUUCGAACAAGACCACUCUACCGAAACUAAACUCUCGGACCAAAUAUAACGUUUACCUGAAGAUGUGUAACAAAGAAAAAAAGUGCAGUAACACUGGUGAAUCGUACAUCAUCAAAGAAGUGCAAGAGAAAGAAACACAACCAAACUAUCAAAAGAAACUGAGUACUAUACAGAUAGUCUUGCUGUCCAUUUCAGCGGUCAUGGUAUUCGUAGCAGUUCUAUGUCUUGUAUACUUAUUCAGGAAAUGGCGAUGUGGGGAAGCAGGAAGGCAUACACCAAACUUUCAACCUUUGGGGGAGCGUAUUCACAUUGGUGUGAGUAUCUUUUAUUUUUUCAGAUCCUUAUUUAGCUGCUUACUUGCUUCUGACCCGGUCAAGUGACACGUGGCUUUGACCUCAAUCUCUCUUUAAGUUCGCCGGAUUAUUCGAUAAAAACAUAUUCACUGAAGUAAGACGUGGUUUCUUUUGUUUGGUUUUGCAGCCUCCAGAUAACGAUUAUGAAUACGUCAAUUCAGACGCUAGCGCCCAGGUAGAAGGGGACUACGAUGAAAUUGAAACAGGCGGAAACUAGUUUUGGUAGUCAAUUGAAAGAGCACUUUUCAACUGAGUGUUGGGAGCAAUCUGGGAUUGCACUGGUUUUGCCCGAUUUGUCUUCAUAGCAGUUUUAAACAAAGUGUUAAAAAACCAGAACCAAAGCCAUCGCAGAAACCAAUCAGAGUAAAGGUUAACAUAAUUUUUAGCCAAUGAGAGCUCAAAGUGAAAACAAACAGACUGUUGAAGCGCGGGAAAAAGGCUAAUGAUUAAGUCGCGAAUGUGUUUAGUUCUGUAUCUGGUUGGUUGAGAGUAUGGCGGGAGUUUUCUGGACCAAUCACAGAGCAAAGUUUUAAAAGCGUACCAAAGUGAAACCCAAGCAGUCCGCUCAUAGGAUGCCAUCUUCCGGCAUUUCACCAAUCUUUUUAUCAUUGGAAAGAUUAUUUAGUCAUGCAACUGUCUGUAAAUGACAAUUUAACGUUAAAUUAGAAAAAGAAGAUGAUCAUUGACGCGAUAGAUUAUGCACAUUUACUAAUAAUUGAUAGAUGUACUAAUAGAAAGAAAACAGCAAUAAUUUUUAAGGAGGAAAAUUUUAAGGAGUUAUUAUUGGAAUAAUAAGAUUUCUGUGUACGUUCCUACCAAACGAAUUUAUUUAUCUGUGUUUUAUUGUAUUAUUUUGCUUUAUACAAGAAAUUUACGAAUGCACAGACAUUUUCCUGAUUGUUUGAGAUUUCUUUUAGUCUAUAUGGACAUCUAAGCCUUGAACGUCUUUUAAUCUUUCACGCGUGUUUUGGAGCUGGUGCAUACGAGAGGAGGGGAAAACAUUUUUGCUGAUGCACCUCGCAAACUUUCCUCAGUAAAGGAAGGUGUUAUCCUAAUAUAGUAUCUAGUCAUCAUUAAUUUACAAGAAUAUGAAUGAGAGAAUUGUAACAUGGGGACAUAUUUGUGGACAUGGAAGGUCUAAAACGGUUCAUGCAGAACUUCAGAAUGGCUUCAAGUCUGAAUAGGAAAGAAUUGUUCAAUAAUACAUUUGAAAUUGUUUGCAUUAUUUAAGGAAACUUGUAUAUCUGUGCGUGAGAUUUGUAAAGCUGAAUACUAGGUUGUAAAAAGCACAGCUACCCACAACAAGUUCUAUUUAUUAAUGCUUAUGUGUCGUGUAAAUAUUUUAGACCAGUAGCACAUACUUUUUAUGAGUGUUAUUUAAUAUAACUUAUUUGAAUUAUGAAUUUUUGUAUUUGCAAUUUUGUACUUUCCCGAAUCGACGAUUUUCACCUGUAUUUUAUAAUAUCAGAGUGCACGUGUGUGUAAUAAAUAUAUUUAUUUUUAUAAAUAA